CUUCCAGACAGAUUGAACAUAUCCCGGUUCCUCUACUACCGAGCACUACACACGCUCUUUGUCUCUCCUCGGUGCUUUACUCUCUCUCUCUCUCUCUCUGUCUCUGCUCCAUGUUUAUAUAUUUCUUCCCCCAAAAAUUUGGAGGAGAGCAAUGAAAUACUGUAAUCAAGGCGUCGAAUUGGGUGUAGUUGGGGGCUAGGGUUUGUAGGGUUUUUGAUCGAGAGAUGUGGGAUGCUCGGGGCGUUAAUGAAUCUCUUCUCCCUCUGUUGGAAGCCUUUUCGUGGCUUUAGUAGCAAUAGAGGUGGAAGUAGUGGUAGUAAUGGUGAUUUUGGGAGAGAUGGGUUGCUUUGGUUUCGAGAUAUUGGCAAGUAUGGGAGUGGGGAAUUUUCAAUGGCCGUGGUUCAGGCCAACCAAGUGCUUGAGGAUCAGUGUCAGAUUGAGUCGGGUCAGUUUGGGACUUUUGUUGGGGUCUAUGAUGGACAUGGAGGACCUGAGGUUGCGAGAUAUGUGUGCGAUCACUUGUUCCCGAAUUUCCAAGCAAUAUCAGCUGAGGAACGCGGUGUUGUGACAGCCGAGACAAUCAGAAGAGCUUUUCUUGAAACAGAGAGAGGUUUUACUGCUAUUGUGUCGGAGUUGUGGAAUACUAAGCCACAUAUGGCAACUGUUGGGUCAUGCUGUUUGGUUGGAGUGAUCUAUCGGCAGACCCUCUUCAUUGCAAAUCUUGGAGAUUCCCGUGCUGUGUUGGGGAGGAAAGUUGGUGACACGGGGGGUAUUGCUGCCAUACAGUUGUCAACAGAGCACAAUGCCAACUUUGAGGCUGUUAGGCAGGAGCUUAAAGAAUUACAUCCUAAUGAUCCUCAAAUUGUUGUCCUCAAGCACGGAGUAUGGAGGGUGAAAGGCAUAAUUCAGGUUUCUAGAUCUAUAGGCGACGUUUAUAUGAAACAUGCGCAGUUUAACAGGGAACCCAUCAAUGCGAAAUUCAGACUUUCUGAACCAAUGAACAUGCCCAUAUUGAGUGCCACUCCAUCUAUUACUUCUCAUACUCUCCAACCAAAUGAUUCUUUCCUUAUAUAUGCUUCUGAUGGUUUGUGGGAACACUUGAGUAAUCAACAAGCGGUUGAUAUUGUCCACAAUCAUCCACAUGCAGUAAGAAUUUGUCCUGUCUUUCUUUUUUUGAUCACCCUUUUUUACAUGAAAUUGCAUUUUUGUUCUUUUGCUGUCUUUGUUUAGGUUGUAUGAGUUUAGAUUUCCUAUUUUCUUUUUGAAUGAUUUGUUUUCCAGUACAUAAUCAUUUUGUGAUCGUAAUCCUUUGGUUGUAGACAUGAAAUUUGAUUGCUAUGGUUCCAAGGUAGAUGAGGGUGCAUUAUUUUAUGUUUUCUUAUAGAAAGAGCAUGAUGGAUUCUUUUUGCCAAUUAAUUUUCUGGCUAAGAGCUGGUCCACACUGUUAUCAUCAUCAUUCUGUUCUUGAUUAGGUUGAUCUUUGCACUUCUGUUCUCAAAUUAUAAUAAAAAUACCCCUCUUCUUCCCCCACCAAAAUUAGAAGAAAAAAAAAAUUGGAGAUCUUUUUAUGGCUCCAUUCAUAAAGUUAGGAGAUGCAUUUCAUUUUGGUGAAUCAUUGAAUAGCUGUGUGAACGGGAGAGACUCUAGUGGUGGGUAAUGCCUGCCUUCUGGUUCAUACAUGUUAAGCUGGACUGAGUAUUUAGUUAUCUAGGUGCCACCACCGUGGGAUAAAUAGGUUUCAGGAUGCUCCCGUUGGUGCUUUCUUUUUUUUCCUUUAUUUUGGAUGUUUUUUUAUCUUUGGCAUUAUAUUGGUGGCAAUCAUAAAUUCAAAUGAUCUAGUAAACGAGACAUAACCCACUCCUCUCCAUGUGUCUACAUAUUUCUCUCACUUGGCAUCUCCAGUUUUAUCCAUCUUUCUGCUAAUGCAGGGAAGUGCAAAGAGGCUCGUCAAGGCUGCUCUUCACGAAGCGGCAAGAAAAAGAGAGAUGAGAUAUUCGGACCUUCGAAAGAUUGACAAGAAGGUCCGACGUCAUUUUCAUGAUGAUAUAACUGUCAUUGUUUUGUUCUUAAACCAUGAUCUUAUAUCCAGAGGCAUGGUACAAGACCCUCCAAUUUCGAUCCGAAGUGCCUUAGAACACUGAUUUGUUGUGAACUUAAAGCACAUACCUGCCACCUCUGAUUUCGGCUAACCCUGGAGAAGCAUAUUACUGCGGCAACGGAUAUUUCAUAAAGCACAACAUCGUCUUGUGCUGCUUUAAUACCGAGAGUGUUUCACUUAUUGAAGAGGCUUAAAAUUGUAGAAUGUUGUUGUUGUUGGAAGAUUGAAAUUAUAAAAGUUUUUGUAAUACCGUGGUACAAUCAAUUCUGAAGCUUGUUCUAAUUUAAUUUAAAGCUUCUUGUAGUUUUAUUUCCUUACUAGUCACCAAAGCUGUAUUUGUGUUCUUACAACUUAUGAAAUAUUUAUUAUAAAAACGUCGCGGUAUUGGCAC